CAGUCCUUUUAAGAAAACCCUAAAUCUUCACCAUAUAAAUUCCUUACUAUCGCUGCGGCAUAAAAUUUUGUCCCCGGUGAUAGGGUUUUUGCAGCUCGAGAAAAAGAAGAAAUGGGGAAAGGAACAGGGAGUUUUGGUAAGAGAAGGAACAAGACACACACUCUCUGUGUGAGAUGCGGUCGCCGCAGCUUUCAUCUCCAGAAAAGCCGUUGUAGUGCUUGUGCCUUUCCUGCUGCCCGUGUCAGAAAAUAUAACUGGAGUGUGAAGGCUAUCCGCAGAAAGACCACUGGAACUGGCCGCAUGAAGUACCUCCGUCACCUACCACGCAGGUUCAAGACUAACUUUAGAGAAGGUACUCAAGCUACUCCAAGGAACAAGGGAGCUGCAGCAGCAUAGUAAGGCUUAGAAGGGCAAUGAAAGUCUGUUUUGCUUCAAUGCUUUUAAAUUUGCAAACAAGUUUUGAAUUGUUGUUUAAUUGCUGUUACUUAUUAGCCAUUGAAAGAUGUUUUCAACUAUGGAGACUUGAAAAAGUUUACCAUUCUAGUAUGGUUAUGGAUGGUUAUCACCUUUUCACGUAUUCUAUAGGUCUGCCCAUCGCCUUUAUGUCUA